GCGCCGCGCUGCGGGCCGGCGGGGAGAAUGCGCGGCGCCCGUGCGCUGCGCCCGCCGCGUCCGGCCGCCCGCAGCCGCCGCGCCCGCCCCUGACCAUGGAGUGCGCCCUCCUGCUCGCGUGCGCGCUCCCCGCCGCCCGCUCGCGCCCGCCGUGCGAUGCGGCGGGGCUGGGGCGCGUGGCCAAGGCGCUCCAGCUCUGCUGCCUCUGCUGUGCGUCGCUCGCCGCAGCCUUAGCCAGCGACAGCAGCGGCGGCGGACUAAACGUCGAUUACGUCUUUGUCACCCCGGUAGAAGUGGACUCGGGCGGGUCGUAUAUUUCACACGACAUUUUGCACAACGGCAGGAAAAAGCGAUCGGCGCAGAGUGCCCACAGUUCCCUGCACUACCGAUUUUCAGCAUUUGGACAGGAACUACAUUUAGAACUUAAGCCCUCGGCGAUUUUGAGCAGUCACUUUAUUGUCCAGGUACUUGGAAAAGAUGGGGCUUCAGAGACUCGGGAACCUUCCGCAGUGCAGCGAUGUUUCUAUCAGGGAUUUAUCAGAAAUGACAGCUCAUCUUCUAUCGCUGUGUCUACGUGUGCUGGCUUGUCAGGUCUAAUAAGGACACGACAAAACGAAUUCCUCAUUUCACCGUUACCUCAGCUGCUGGCCCAGGAACAUAACUACAGCGCACCUGCCGGGCACCAUCCUCACAUACUGUACAAAAGGACAGCUGAGGAGAAGGUCCAGCAUUGCCAUGACUACCCAGGCUCCAGCAGGCAUUAUCCCGGGCACUCCCCAACUCAUACUCCCCAUGCGUCUCGGAGUCAAGAAAGAGAGCAUCACCACCCAAGGUUGCAAAAGCAGCAUUUUUGUGGACGACGCAAGAAAUAUGCCCCUAAGCCUCCCACGGAGGAUACCUAUCUCAGGUUUGAUGAGUAUGGGAGUGCAGGGCGACCCAGAAGAUCAGCUGGAAAAUCACAAAAGGGCCUAAAUGUGGAAACCCUUGUGGUAGCAGACAAGAAAAUGGUGGAAAAGCACGGCAAGGCAAAUGUCACCACGUACAUUCUCACGGUCAUGAACAUGGUUUCUAGCCUCUUUAAAGAUGGGACCAUUGGAAGUGACAUAAACAUUGUUGUGGUGAGCCUCAUUCUUCUGGAACAAGAACCUGGAGGAUUAUUGAUCAACCACCAUGCAGACCAGUCUCUGAAUAGUUUUUGUCAGUGGCAGUCUGCCCUCAUUGGAAAGAAUGGCAAGAGGCAUGACCACGCCAUCCUACUCACGGGAUUUGACAUUUGUUCCUGGAAGAAUGAACCAUGUGACACUCUAGGGUUUGCUCCCAUCAGUGGAAUGUGCAGUAAGUACCGAAGUUGUACCAUCAAUGAGGACACGGGGCUUGGCCUGGCCUUCACCAUCGCUCAUGAGUCAGGGCACAACUUCGGCAUGAUUCACGAUGGGGAAGGCAAUCCCUGCAGGAAGGCUGAAGGCAAUAUCAUGUCUCCCACACUGACAGGAAACAAUGGGGUGUUUUCCUGGUCUUCGUGUAGCCGGCAGUAUCUCAAGAAAUUCCUUAGCACACCUCAGGCUGGCUGUCUGGUGGAUGAGCCUAAGCAAACGGGACAGUAUAAAUAUCCGGACAAACUACCAGGACAGAUUUAUGAUGCUGACACACAGUGCAAGUGGCAAUUUGGAGCAAAAGCCAAGUUAUGCAGCCUCGGUUUUGUGAAGGACAUUUGCAAGUCUCUUUGGUGCUACCGAGUGGGUCACAGGUGUGAGACCAAGUUUAUGCCUGCAGCGGAAGGGACCGUUUGUGGCUUGAGUAUGUGGUGUCGGCAAGGCCAGUGUGUGAAGUUCGGGGAGCACGGCCCCCGGCCCGUCCACGGCCAGUGGUCCGCCUGGUCCAAGUGGUCAGAAUGUUCGCGAACCUGUGGUGGUGGAAUAAAGUAUCAAGAGAGACACUGCAAUAACCCCAAGCCUCAGUAUGGUGGCAAGUUCUGUCCAGGUUCUAGCCGUAUAUAUCAGCUGUGCAAUAUUAACCCUUGUAAUGAAAAUAGCUUGGAUUUCCGAGCCCAGCAGUGUGCAGAAUAUAACAGCAAACCUUUCCGUGGAUGGUUCUACCAGUGGAAGCCCUAUACCAAAGUGGAAGAGGCAGAUCGAUGUAAACUAUACUGCAAGGCUGAGAACUUUGAAUUUUUUUUCGCCAUGUCCAGCAAGGUGAAAGACGGGACUCCUUGCUCCCCAGACAAACACGACGUGUGUAUUGAUGGGAUUUGUGAACCAGUGGGAUGCGAUCAUGAACUUGGCUCUAAAGCAGUUUUGGAUGCGUGUGGUGUUUGCAAAGGGGAUAAUUCGACUUGCAAGUUUUAUAAAGGCCUAUACCUCAACCAGCAUAAAGCCAACGAAUAUUAUCCAGUAGUCACCAUUCCAGCGGGGGCCCGAAGCAUCGAGAUCCAGGAGCUGCAGCUCUCCUCCAGUUACCUUGCGGUCAGAAGCCUGGAGCAGAAGUAUUACCUCACGGGGGGCUGGAGCAUCGACUGGCCUGGGGAGUUCCCCUUUGCUGGGACUGUGUUUGAAUACCAGCGGUCCUUCAACCACCCAGAACGGCUGUAUGCACCAGGACCCACCAACGAGACACUGGUCUUUGAAGUCCUGAUGCAAGGCAAAAAUCCGGGGAUAGCUUGGAAGUAUGCACUUCCCAAGGUCACGAAUGGAACUCAGCCAGCCUCAAAAAGGCACAGCCAUGCCUGGACCACAGUGCAGUCUCCGUGCUCUCUCUCUUGUGGUGCAGGUUACAUAAGUGUAAAGGCCAUUUGCUUACGAGAUCAAAACACUCAAGUCAGCUCUUCGUUCUGCAAUGCAAGAACCAAGCCAGCAACUGCACCCAAAAUAUGCAAUGCUUUCCCCUGCCCUGCUUACUGGAAGCCAGGCGAAUGGAGUGUGUGCAGCCGGUCGUGUGCGGGGGGCCAGCAGAGCAGGAAGAUCCAGUGUGUCCAGAAGAAGCCCUUCCAGAAGGAGGAAGCCGUGUUGCAUUCUCUCUGCCCAGUGAGCACGCCCACACAGGUGCAAGCCUGCAACAGCCAUGCCUGCCCACCGGAAUGGAGCCUUGGACCCUGGUCUCAGUGUUCCAAGAGCUGCGGGCGAGGGGUGAGGAAGCGUGAAGUCCUGUGCCAAAGCUCCCCCACGGCAGAGAAUGUCCCGGAGACCCUGUGCUCCAGCAGCCCGAGGCCCGAGUCCCAGGAGGGCUGUGUGCUAGGACGAUGCCCCAGGAACACCCGGCUGCAGUGGGUUGUGUCUUCCUGGAGUGAGUGUUCGAUGACCUGCGGUUUGGGUGUGAGGAAGAGGGAGAUGAAAUGCAGCGAGAAGCCCUUCCAGGGAAAGCUCAUCACUUUCCCGGAGCGAAGGUGCCGCAAUAUUAAGAAACCAAACCUGGAGUUGGAAGAAACCUGCCAGCAAGGGGCUUGUCCCGCCCGAACGGGCUUGGGCGUAGCAGCGGGAUGGUAUCCAUCACCAUGGCAACAGUGCACGGUGACCUGCGGAGGGGGUGUCCAGACCCGCUCAGUCCACUGUGUUCAGCAGGGCCGGCCUUCCUCAAGCUGUCUGCUCCAUCAGAAACCUCCAGUGCUGCGAGCCUGUAAUACAAACUUCUGUCCAGCUCCUGAAAAGAGAGAAGAUCCAUCCUGUGUAGAUUUCUUCAGCUGGUGUCACCUAGUUCCUCAACAUGGUGUCUGCAACCACAAAUUUUAUGGUCAGCAGUGCUGCAAGUCAUGCACGAGGAAGAGCUGAUCUAGACACCCUCCCCAACACCCGAGGGCCAGGCUCUUCCCUCUCGCCUCUGGAGAGACCAGCGACGAUUCACAUUGAAAGCUAAACCCUGCAGACCAGCCAUGCACUGCAGCAGAAUCUGUGGGGCUGGCUCUCGAGGACAGACAGGCUCCCUUAUCCACUUCCCCAAAGCACAUGGUACUCUGAAGCACUUGAAAACGGGAAGCGAGCACAAAAUGGACUUCCAAAAGACAAGACAAGAUAACUUUGAUUUGCACUGUUCCAAUGAAAGAAGUGAUGAAUCACACUGACAGACGUCACGUUUUCAUUUUGACAAAGUGAGAAUCUGGUCAAUGUUGGGAGAGACUCUCCCUUUGAACUUCAAGGGUUCCAUGGCAAAGACUCUGUGUUGAAAAGGUCCUUGAAGACUUCGGGUCAAAGACGGAGCCUUGGGGCCAUCAAAUGUGGAUGGAACCCAUUGCCUGACUGUUACUUGGAGCUCCCAGUGUGCCUGACACUGUGGACAGCCCAGAGUGGCAGUUACCCAGGAAGCCAAAUGGUGCUCAUAACUGUGCUUGCUGCUGGACUAGCAAGCUUCAUGUUAUGUUUAUCUAGUGUGCGUGUGUUGUUUUUAUUAUUUUGUUUAGAGUAUAUUCCGCUUCUGGAGAGUCUCCAAGACUAAAAUUCACAACUUGAAAAGUAUUCCGAGGAAUAUUCUGAAAACAGGGCAACAUGGACUAUUUGAGAUCUGCAUUUAAUUGAAACUCAGACUCCAAAAAAAAGCCCACAAACUCACAUAAAAGGCAAAUGUUGAUGUCCUACACGGUAUAUCAACCUCGUAACUUUUGGUGCUAGCUGAACAAGUCCACGGGAGCCUCUAGUCUGCUCUUUGGGGGUCAGAAUUGGUAAGAUGUUCAUUUGUGGUAAAAAAUCCAGGAGGAGCAAAAUAGCAGUGUUUUGAAGGAGAGUAGACCAUCAUUUAUAAGGCUCCCUACAUACUGUCAGAGAGCUGCUUGGGAAAUUAAAGACCACUUGUGGUUUUUUCCUACCAACUGUCAUGUUUAAAUUUUCCCUAAGAUUUAGUUAACAAGAAAAAAAGAGUGGCAAUAGAAAAACCCAUCUUGUUAAGUUAAUAUUAAUAUAUCAUAAUAAGCCAAGAUCCUUCGAUGAGUAAGAAUAUUUUAUAAUCUUUCAGAUAUUUUCAGUCAUCAGAAGCCAGCUGUUGAUAGGCACUAAUGAGCUUAAAAUUGUUCUCAAUUGGAAAAUACCACACUAUUUUGCCAAAACCAGAGUAACUUACAAGACUGAGUCCUUCUGUAAUUUUUUGAGAUGUGGUUAAAAAGGGCAUAUUUAUAUAAUUCUACUCUAUUCCUCAAUUCCUUUGAUGAAUGUAACCCAAUUUUACUGCUUUAUAAAGUCUCAAUUCAAACAGGGAUUUGCCAGCUCAGCACAACCAACUAGACAGUGGUUUGUUAAAUUUAGAGCAUCCUUUGUUCCCAUUCUAAUUAAAAUCAUGUGUUCUUGAAUCUCAGAGAAAUAAUUAGAAUAGUCUCUCAAUCCACUUGGCUUGGCCUAGAGUAGUGGCCAUUUUAUAUCAGAAACACAGCUCCACAUCACCCACCCCUCUGCCCUCUGAAAAAUUGCAAGUUAUUUGUUUCUUUAUAUAAUGAUCAUUUUAUUAUUUUAUGGAAAAAUUAAUUUAUUAAUAGCCUAUUCUUAUGUGUUCUCACUUGCUUCUUUAAGUGAUAUUAAUUCUGAGGAAAAAUCUUGAAUAAAACAAUGGGUUAUAGAGAAAAGUCAAAAUAUAUGUGUAAUAUUUAAUUAUUUUAUAAGUUUUAUAAUAAAGUGUUCUGUUUCUUUAUCUGUGAAAUUUGUUAAGUUCUUGAAUAAGGUAGAGAGGUCAGUUACUUCCAAGAUCAUUUAACUGUAUAAAUGUUGAAUAGGAAUCUCAGUACUUUCUCAAUGAAAAGUUGGAAAGAUAAAAUACUCAUUAAUUGAUUUUUCUUGCUUGUG